AGUGAAGAGUGAAGUCUGGUAAAAGCUCAGAGUGCGUUGUACGUCUAUCUCUUUACUGUGGGAUGAGGUGAAAAUAAUAAAUUCACUGAGAAAAUUAAACUUGUAAAGGUACUUCGAACUUAAAUUCAUCCACAGAUAUGUGAAUUGUGUCACAGAAUCCACGAAAAAGCAGUGUUUAGUGAUGAUAGUGGUGACGUAGUCUCCAUUGUACCUGUGUUCCCGUGCCUCGACCUUGCAAGGCCCAAAUGAAAAACAUGAAAGGUAUCAGAUCUAUAGAGGGUCCUCGUAAAAUCACGGACAUCUGUCUUCAUCUACGAUAGAUUUUCAAUGAUAGGUUUCUGAAGGACUUAAAGUUUAACAGCUUCAAACAUGUCUGCUAGUCAACUAUUGGAUUCAUGUGUCUUGGUGAAUAGAAGAGUGGAGCAAAGGCAAGAGCAUAGCAUCACCCACACUGAGAUAACUCAGAGGAGGGUUAUACAAGAACAGGGUCCAGAUAUGCAGCAUUACAAAGGCCCUGAUGUGUCGAGUGCCCUGAAUGAGACUGUGUACCACCCUCACAGCAAUGGCCACUCCGAGCACUCCCCCAACUCUAGCCACAUGUCAGUCCACAGCGACGAACCCUUGGUAAGAACCCAGAAACAACAGACAACCCAGCAAGUGACUACCGUCACUAAGGUAGUACGUGAGGUACAGCAGCUGGGCGAACAACCAGGCGAAUACAUCCCGGUACCACUCGGAUCGUAUCCGCAUCCCUCGCAGUACGUCGACUACAUCGAGCAGCCAGCCCAUCACAUGUAUUCACAGUACCACCAACAUCCUCAUUACCAGGACUAUGACCAUUACCCCAACCCCUAUGGGGCCUACAUGGGCUACCCGGCUGGUGCAGAACGACCCCCUACGCCCCCUAGUCCGAGUGAACAUAGUGGAGACCCCUCACCGUUACCCCUAACUUCCCAACCCAAUACUGCUUAUCUGGGCUCGGGAUAUGAUGAGCUUCCAGAACACUAUAGGGUGACUCCAUCCCCUGGGGGCCCAGUAGGCAUCGACCCUUAUCCAGAUGACCCCGCAGUAGUUUACGGCUAUGUAUCUCCUUCUCCCUAUGGUACUGCCCCUAGCUUGUCACGUCCAUACGUCGAUACCCUUAAUGGACCUGUACCUGUUGGAGCUCCUAUGCGGAUGUUCGAGGAGGAAGACAUCUCUAAACACAUCAGCAAAAUGUCGCUACAUGGUCAACAUGUUGGACUUCCGCAUGACGCAAGGGCACACAACAUUGCCUCACCUGGCAGCAUCGGAGGGGAAGAUGACCAGCGAGGCAUGCGUUGGCGCGAUCCUAACCUCACUGAGGUCAUUGGCUUCCUCAACAACCCCAAUAAUGUCAUUAAAGCCAAUGCUGCAGCUUACCUCCAACAUUUAUGCUACAUGGAUGACCCCAACAAACAGAAGACCAGAGCCCUUGGCGGUAUUCCCCCGUUGGUCAAACUCCUGAGUCACGACAGCAUCGAAGUAUACAGGAACGCGUGUGGCGCAUUGAGGAACCUUUCUUACGGUAGACAGAACGAUGAAAAUAAGAGGGCCAUCAAGAACGCUGGAGGAAUCCCGGCUUUGAUCAGCUUGCUCAGGCGAUCCAACGAAUCCGAGAUUAAAGAGUUGGUUACAGGUGUCAUAUGGAAUAUGUCAUCAUGCGAAGAUCUCAAAAAGAACAUUAUUGAUGAUGGAGUGCAGAUGAUUGUGACGUAUAUUAUCAUUCCACAUUCUGGAUGGGAUGCACAAGGUAAUCACGGAGAAACAUGUUGGUCAACGGUGUUCAGGAACGCAUCUGGUGUACUGAGAAACGUCAGUUCUGCUGGAGAAUAUGCUAGGAAAAAAUUGAGGGAGUGUGACGGUCUAGUGGAUUCGUUGUUAUUCGUCGUGCGCUGUGCCAUAGAUAAAUCGAAUAUAGGCAAUAAGAUUGUAGAAAAUUGUGUAUGCAUACUACGCAACUUGUCAUACCGUUGUCAAGAAGUAGAAGAUCCGAAUUAUGAUAAGAAUCCCUUACCUACACAAAGUCGAGUUGCAGCUAAUUCUUCCAAAGGAGAAAACUUGGGUUGCUUUGGAGGAAGUAAAAAGAAGAAAGACUCGCAGAGCUCUGAGAAUAAAGAUAGUAAUUUCACUGGCUCAACUUCUGGUACUUCCAGUGCGGCAGCUAGAGGAGAACAGGUGCGAGGCAUGGAGCUCCUAUGGCAACCAGAAGUAGUCCAAUCUUAUCUGGCGCUCCUACAAAGCUGUUCCAACCCUGAAACCCUAGAAGCCGCAGCAGGGGCCCUCCAAAACCUAGCCGCCUGUUAUUGGCAGCCUAGUAUAGAAAUUAGGGCGGCUGUGAGAAAAGAAAAAGGCCUGCCCAUUUUGGUGGAGCUGUUGCGCAUGGAGGUCGAUAGAGUUGUCUGUGCAGUGGCUACAGCCCUUAGGAAUUUAGCUAUUGAUCAGCGUAACAAAGAACUGAUAGGAAAAUAUGCAAUGAGGGACCUAGUACAAAAGCUGCCCUCUGGUAACCCUCAACAUGAUCAAGGCACCUCUGACGACACGAUAGCAGCUGUACUGGCAACGUUGAAUGAGGUGAUUAAGAAAAAUGCAGAGUUUUCCAGGUCUCUAUUGGAGGCCGGUGGAGUAGAAAGACUGAUGACUAUUACUAGGCAACGACAGAAAUACACCCCUAGGGUGCUCAAAUUCGCUGGACAGGUCCUAUUCACGAUGUGGCAGCACCAAGACCUGCGCGAUGUGUACAAAAAGCACGGUUGGAAGGAGCAAGAUUUCGUGACGAAGACAGUGGCAGCGCGGAAUGCUGGUCCGAAUUCUCCAAAUAAUGCGAAUAGCACUCUAAACCGACCAAUGGCAUCGCAGAGUGGCACGAGGUACGAGGACAGGACUAUGAAGAGGGCCGCGCCCGGCAGUAGGGCUGUUGGAGUCUUUCCUAGGAAUGAUGAGAUUCCAAUGGCCGAUAUGGCAUACCCCGAAAGCCAGCCCGUGUUGGGGCGGUCGUAUCCUUCUGGCCUUGGUCCCAACCCGCCUGCAGUAAGUCAUUAAUAAGCCCUCUAGCACAAACCUACACGUUCGUGUCAAUUUGUCGCGUGUUGACGCGUGUCUUUUGGUGUAUUUGGUGAUUUUGGUGACGGUGAAGGACAUUGUCCGGCCUAUGGUCUGGACUCGUUGCUCAAUUAUGAUGCGUAUCUACCAUUCACACAAUACUGGUGCUGGUGGGCCUACGAAGGUUGGAUAUAGCUCUAUGUGAGUCGAUAUCUUUUUAUAUGUCAUUCAUAUACUUGGCGACCCGAUCAUGUACAGGCUGCGUCUGACAUUGCUAGAAGUAUCAGACCAAUUUGGUAUCUUCUAUUUUGGAACCUUGUCAUCAGUGUCACCAACAGCUAAUGCCUCAUUUUCUAUAUAAAACUCAUCCAUAUUUCCCCUACAACUCAUUUCUGAGAUACAACUAACACAUUUGAGUAUAUAAAAGCAGGGGGAUUAAAUGCGGGAAACUUAUUGUGCUGAACUUUUUUGGAAGGAAUGUUGAAUUUACGACUAUGCAUUUUUGUGACGUAUGCGAUUAAAGAACAAAAAAGGCAAAAGCAGUAACAAAGAGCACUCAUUUUUUUAGAUUUUGCUGUUUAUCUCGCCAUUGUAUCUCUAUAAGUAUAACGUUAAAACAUCGGUGAUACAAAUGUCUAUAUGCCUUUUAAGAAAAAACGUAACCCAUCCUUUUAAAAAUAACAUUUAUCUUCCGGAAUGGUUUGCGAUUCACAUCGGCAAGGUAAACUAGUGAAUUUUCCUAUAAAAUUCCGUUUGAACUAACCCUGUAUAUUGCUCAAUAGACUAAUAGUGAUGAGCAGAAAACAGGUGUUUUGGGAUAAACAAUUAGAAAUUCUCAAAAACGCAUUGACCAAUCUACUCCAAUUUUGUUGUGGUUAUUUAGAAGUACGAAUUUGAAGAGUUUAAAAUAUCUGCGAGAAACCAUCGUCGCAUUACCAACAAGUGCCAAAACCUGCAGUUUGUCUCGGUUUUCGGCCAUAACUGUUUUGCUAUUAGUCGGAUCUUUUUGCGUAUGGUCUCAUUUUGUAGGUCUUAUAAAUACCUAAAAAUCUUAUAUGAAGAGUUUCCUCAUUCUUUGUUGUCGAAUAAUAAGUUUUUCCACAAAAAUUGGUGUACCCAUUUUAUGCGUCCAUGUUUUGAAUAUCCCCUUGAACAACAUAUUUUACAAUUAUCUCACAAACGAGGGUUAUUUUCGUCUAAUAUAUGAGUAGAUGCUCUAUGACCUGAUAUCAGUGCUUCAACAUUUUGACUGUAAAAAAUUCAAAGCUGCGCACCACAGUCAACAUGAACAUUCCUAAAAAUUUGCACCAUCACAAGAACGCAGUUUGUUCAGUGGACAACAACUUGAGGGACCAAUUGGUCUACAGCACCAGCUACCAACCAACUUUCACGAUCGACUAUUAGAGGCAAAGUCAGUCCUACAGACGCCACUUUUUCUUUGUUGUUUCAAGCUGCCUUGAUGCUCCAUUAGGCGGCGUUGAAGUGAAACAAACCUCAUUGGUACGAUAUCUCCAAUGGUUUUCUAGUUGCACCACGACGGCUCGUGGGCACCUUCCACGGUAUCACCGUGCGAGGACAGUAACCUGUAGAAAAUCCUUAUACAGGUUACUGUUGGUUGGUAGCUGGUGCUGUAGACUAAUCGGUUGAAUCAGAAUGGAGUAGAUGAGGGUUCGAAUCCCGCAGGCUCCCAUUUAACCUAUCCCUCAAGUUGUUGUUUACUAAACCUAUUCGCGCUCAUCCGGAAAAUCGUUUACAGAAUACAGUUUCUAUUGACAAAAAGGAUCCUUCGAAACCACUGAUUAAAUUGCAUAAGAGAAAGAAGAGAUAUAAAACAUUUGGGAAUAUUACUAGCGAUGUUCCGAGCCGCCUGUACAAACGUCAUUGUCUGUUUGUUCAUUAAAACUUCGUUUAUCACUCGAAGCAUCAUUUUCAACUCACUAAUUUUUCAAUUUCUUGAAAUUAGAUUAAUGUAACAAUUAUAUAUUUUCAAUAUAUGGAGUUGUUUAGAAAUAUUAUACAUAGUUAACCAAAUAGUGAAUCGUUGGGUUUUUUUGUAUAUUGUAUGUUGAAAACUCUUAUAAUCUUUGUAGCCAUAAUCUGAGAAGAGCAAAUUUCAAACUAUCGACUGAUGUGUCGACAAAUUUUUCAAGAAAUUAAAAAUCCACCGCGUUUAAUUGUCUCAUCGAAUGUGGCGUUAACAGGGUCUGUGGUAUACUAUAUCUAGAAUUUUUAUCUAAAGGCUUUAAGGGAGCUUAUUUCAUGGUGAAAUCGUUUCCAUGCGAAUGGGUAGAAUUCGAAUAAGUCGUCAAUAUCCCAGUGUAUCUCUAAAAUUUGCUAUCGUAAUUCGAUAGUUUAGUUUUAAGGUAUGAGUAGCUGGAAUUCAGUUGAUUUCACAGAAAUUUGCACAUUUUCGUGGCAGUAAUUUUGUUAUAUAUUGUUCAAAAUUACAUUAUAUUGCUCACGAUGUAUAGCAUAGUAGGAGUAGUUUGCGAAUUCUCUCACACGACCUGGCUUUUAAUGACCUUGACUUUACAAUAAUUAUGAUCAUAUCGCGACCAGACGCCCAACUCUGCCAUUUGUUUUUUCAAGAAAAUGAUAUGCAUGGUGAUCCACAAGUCGUGACCAACGAUGAAACAUCAUACACAGGACCGCAUUCUAUAUAACAUUUUUUCCUCGAUGGCUUCAUUAAAAAAUACGGGGUAUUGAGGUUGAAAAAUAAAAAACAUUUUUUUUAGUAUCUUCAAAACCGUCAACUGGAAUGAUCUAGAAUUUGGUAUGUGGAUUUUCCACAUUCAAAAGCCUUUACUUAAAAUUAACGUGCACCAGGGGCGAAGAUACAGGGGAUCCUAGACAGACUCUUAAAUUUGCCCCUUAUUCGUUAGGAGCCAAGGUCGUGUUUGUGGGAUUAAGGUUAUUAGUGGCCAAGGUCAGAUUACCACAUGCACAAACUAUUCCUGCUUGGUUUUAGGAUCACAUUUUAUAGCGAAUAGUAUAGGAAAUGUGUUAUCAAUAUUGAUUAUGUGAAGACUGAAAGAAUAACUGUUAGUGUUUGAAUGCCCUAGACUGAUUGUCUGUAUAGGGCCAUCUUAGAUUUUAUCUAAGUAUUUUAAACUAUAUGUUGCAAAGUUAGUGUUAUUGUAUUUUAUUCUAGAUAAUAGAGGUGUAGUUUUAUAAAUAUAAUCACUCCACUACUGACGAGACGAAUAAUAUUUUUACUGCUUAGUAGGACCUUUUAGAUAGUGGUAUUUUAAACUGGGGUGUAGGAAUUAUUUUAUUAAGAAUAUGUAUCGAAAAGUCUUUUAUGGAGAAACGCAACCAGAACGUGUUAUUAAAUUUAGGAAUGUGGAUACACUGGAAUGUUUUUCGAUUAGGGUUCUACCCGCUGGUAUGCGUAGAUUCUCACCAGUUUUCAUCGACUAUUUACAUUUCUAUGACGUACUGAAUGUGUACCUUUAUAAAUUUUUUGGCGUGUCUUGUCUAUUUCUACUUGUGCAAUAACUAGCUGUAUUCUAAUUUUCCUUGGCCCACCAUACCAAUUUAAUAUUACUAACGAAUUACUGCCUGAUCGUAUGUUAAAUAAGGUAAUUGAACAGAAAAUAUUUUGUUGUGUAUGUACGAACCAAAUGGCCAUGUCUUAUUACUUUUCUGUUGAUUUUAUCAGGUGUGCUAUUUUAAUUUUUUCUUUGUUUGGCUAGUAUCAUGGUAUAUAAUAAUAGCAAAUUUCGGUUUUAUUAAUGCUUAGCCGACUAUGUAACCGCUCGUGGAGUCACCAAUACCUCUUAAGGUGGUACGUCCCUUUUUAGAUUUUUUUUAACUACCCGUUUGCAGCAGUAUUCUAAAUCCUUUUCAUCUGAUAAUUUCAUGAUGUGUAUAGAGAUGACUAAAAAACAGUGUUUUCAUUUUUUUGUCAAAAAAUGCAUUUUUUGUGCAUUUGAUUGUGCAUUUUUUCUUCAGUCGAAACUUGUUAACAAAUACAAGUACAGCUCUGUGUGCGAAUAUUCCUCUUUUAUAGAAGAAUACAAGUGAUUAAUUUUGUUCUUAUCACUUUUCCUCUUCGAAAAAUCUUUGAUUUUCUUGAAGAAAGUUGAGUUUUCAAGGAAACUAACAAUCAAAAUGUAUUUGUGACAAAAUUUCAGGACAAUCUAUAUCGUCAUUUAAUAACUUAAAAAGAAAUAUUGCAGCUGAUAUAUUUUUUCUCAACUCUCAUGCUUCGACAUCGAAACGCUCGCAUAAAAAGGUUGUUCUCAUUAAGUCAGAAAUAAAUGCGGCGUUGCCAGAUAGAUAAUCGUUUUUGUUGAAUUUAUUGACUAUCAUUUGUAGUGAACGCAUUUUUUGUUCAAAUUUACUUUUCUUUGGACAUUUAUUCAUGGUGGGGAUAUUUAUCAUCGAUUUGCAAACUACGAAAUAUAUUUGGCCAAUCGUCGGCCUAUUUGACAUGCUCGCGAGUUAUGUAGGUAGCCUCGCCUAAAGACGAUAUAUUUAGUUGUUUCGUAUGACUUUGUGUAUCCACCAAAAACCGUGAAAAGAACUGAACUUCAUUAUGCUUUGUAUAAAUGUAGCUUUUCAUAAAUAUUUUAUGGCAUAUCGGCAACACCGCCUCGCUAGCCAAGGUCCAGUAAUAGUCCAAGAGGAGACUGUAAAGUUUUGGUUACAGGUACAACAUACGUCAAAUUCAGCAUAAUUCACUAUACUAUUUUUUCUUAUGUUUUGUGCAGUAUAAUUUGAGGCAGGUUUGUAAGAAUGUAAGGGUGACUCCACAGCAGCGAUUGUAACCUUAAAGUAUCUCGAGUAGGGUUAGAGGAUGUAGAUAAAUUGAUGAUUGAUCCGAUGUGUGUUUUGUGUUAUUUGGGGGCAGGCAAAGGCGAAGGCCCUGGCAGCAGUAGCUGGUAGCGUUUUGGCAGGUAAGGCUUUUUGCCCCGAGGCCCCUUGGAUCUCUUAAGUACCAUUUAUCCAAACCCACAAUUUCAUACUCAGUAUCGCCACACAUUAAUCAACAAAUACUACAUUUAAACUGACUUAGGAAUGAAAUCUUAGGUUGAAUAGCUCUGUAACCAUGGUCAACCGCAUACAACGUUGUUUUAUGCUUGUUAGCAGUCAUCAGAAUUGUAGAGGUCUUUCCUUGAAGAGAGAAACAAGGAAAGCAUACGCGGAUAGGGUCUACAAAAAAAAAAUUCUGGAUGUAGUGAGUACGUCGGUAGCAGAAAAUUCAUACGCUUCCAUCAUAAGCGCCGAUCAGGGAAACACUAAGUCUUCACCAUGCAACCUUUGCACAGUACGCCAAGGCUAGUAGCAUGGCGAACACUUAGGCCUGGUUUUUCAAUUGCAACUUGACUGCCAAACAGAAAUCAACUCUCAAAAACCGCUUUGUCCUGACACAAAUACCGAACAACACGGAAUGCAUAGGAGACGAUAAUUCAGGCAUAAAAGCCACCGAUAUGGCAGAAACUUCUGAAUCUUCAACUGUACGUUUGUGGAUUUUAUUCGACAAAACGUGAAAAAAGUAGGCUUUGUCGUGCAAAAUUUCCAUUUUCAUUCUUCUUGGCAGCAUACAAACUCGGUCCAUUUAGUUGAUUUGGGGGGCUGAAUUCAAAUGAAUGAAUUCUGAACCGACUCUCGUUGGUCCCAGUACAAAUAUAAAAUCGUAUUGAGAAUCGACCCAUCCGAUUCACACAAAAUUGAAUGUUUAUCAAUAAUUCUUGGGAAAUUUUUCGCUCUAUGGUAACUAAACCACUUUGUCUUGCUAUAUUUUUAUACUAUUCAAGUAAGAGAUUGGGGCACUAAAUUCUGAGCGUUAGUAAAUUGAUUUUAAAACUCGGUACUCCCAUGUAGUUUGAAAUGUUAAAUUCUGUUUUGAACAAACUGAAUAUUGAAGAAGUAUUCGCGAUAUAAUCUAUAAUCCCCCAUGUUUCGAAUCAAACUACAUAUAUGUUUAAAAUUCGUCUUUAUUGUACGACGUUUCGGUCCCACCGGUGACUUUUUUCAAGUACAAUUGACACUUUCGACAAUAUAUUUUGUUAAUCUGUCUUUGUGGUGAUGCUUCGUUUGUCUUGUUCUUUCACUUACAUAUUCCUAUACAGUGCUACUACAAUCGUCUGAACGGUAACAUGGACCGCCGGAUGAUUUUUGGCGUUUUUGGGACGAUAGACGAGGAUGACUUGUCUGAUACUAAAAAACGACACAACAAGCACCCGUAAAUCCUACUUACUCGCAAAGCGCUCCGCCUCGAACUGAGUAUAGAGGGGAUUGCAUAGAGAGACGGAACCAUCGUGCCACCCCUCCACAAGUCCUUGAUGCCACGAACUUUUUACACGUAUUUUCAGGACAAACUUCGUAUAUAUGAAUGUAUGUAAUGAAAGAAAAUAACAAACGAAGUUUCACCUUGAAGACAGGCAAACAAAAUAUAUUGUCGAAAGUGUCAAUUAUACUUGAAAAAGGUCACCGUUCGGACCGAAAUGUCGUACUAUAAAGAAAAGUUUUAAGCAUAUAUGUGGUUUGAUUCGACCAGACAAACAUGGAGGAUUUUCAGCAUGAAAUCCAAAGCAAACGUUCCAAAUGUUAGAGAAAAAUCUCUCAUUCAUUUAUAGUGGUGAUUUUGAGAUAUCCUGUAGAUUGAACCUUAGAAGCAUCUGAGUAGUAUUGCUUUUAAUCGCCUAUAUUCUCCCAGUGUUUUGCAUGAUCAGAUUCUUUGUCUAUUCAUAAAAUUAUAUACAGCACCUUGUUGUAUGUAAAAUUGGAAGUUCAAUAUUUGCAAUAUUGUAUUGAGGAUGGUAUAUCGAACUUUUUGAAUCUCUGUUCAAUGUAGGACGUACUAUGUAUGAAAUUGUGGUUGUACCAAGGUACCGUAGAGGUUCAUCGGCUCUAAAAGUACUAUUCGGGCGGCUGCUCUAGGGCCUUUGGUUUGCUGCAAGGCUGAAACGAGAGGCCCUGAUCAGCCCCAGCUGACCGCAGGUGAGAUACAUUCCAAGAAACCAUAUCACAUCUCGAUACAUGCUGUGAAAAAACCAGUAAGUUAUACUAUUUCUACUCCUAACUGAAACAAACCGUCUUAUAUGAUUUAAUAUUUCAGUAUUCCUGUAGCUUAGAUGUAUACUGGUUUAAGAUCUUGUGGCUCAAAUGGUUUUCACAACUCCAUUUUUCAUUAACGAUAUUUGAUAUUUGCAAUACUUGACACCACUGAUGUAAAGAGUUCAGAUGCCGAGUACAUGAAUCGCCUAAACUUAAUAAGCCAUCAAUAUACUCGUUUCAAUUUUUCUACGUGAAUCGGAGCGACACAUUUGAUCCACUGUAGUACUUUUUAUGCUAUGUCGCACCGACCAGGUUUGGUCGGUGACUGUGUCUGGGAUCUGGCCGUGUGAACGGAAUUUGUGUGGCGGGAUCUUGGACUAUAAUUUACCUAUAUACAAUUUUCAUUUUUUUUAGAACCUUGUUUUUUAUCUGUUUCAAUUAGGAUUAGAAAUACCUACUUGCGAAUACUACUCCCCCACUGAAUAUUUUGUAGCAAAGCAUUGAAAUUGCACGUGAGACGCUGCAAUUCACACUUCAAUAUACAUGUUUUUCUGUUUUCUUCGUCUCAGUAAUAUGUGACAAACGGCAAACAAACCCGCUUUUAUGUUACGUUGUAAUGCUUUAGUAGUAAUCAUGCUAGAUAGAAAUGUUUUUGGAACAGCUUAUAAAUAUAUUUCAGGCGAACGACGUUAUGGUAUGUCUUCUAGAACGUAUGUAAGAGCACUCUUGGAAUGACUCGUACAUACCAUGUCACAAAUACAUCUAUUUAUCGCGAUUUUAUAAAAGCUAUUUUAAGGAAUAUCUUUAGCCUUGAUAACGAUACCAGGCGAAGAACAUUAAAUUCCGCUAUCAAAGCUAUUUUCAGUCUCAGAAUAAUUUGCAGUAUGCGAACAUCCUCUGGUCGUCGUAUUUUGAAUCUCUUUCAGCAUUGUUAUGCUUAGGUUUAAAUGCUUUUAGCUAGCGUUUUGCUUCUUUGCCACUCUAAUGCAGGAAUAGUAUGUCAAUUAAAUGUUAGUUUCGAUCAGUCCUCAUCAUCUUUGCCUGCCCGACAGCGACCUAUAAAUCGUAUUUUCGGGGGUUCUAAUAAUUGUGAAUUGCACAUAAUGCUUUUGAAGUGGAUAUAAACAUAACGCGUAUCAAAAUAUACAGACCAGAGGCCUGAUUCUAACUGUAUUUCGACCCGUCACAUUAAUUUUGAUAUCGCCUUCAUAAAACAUAUGAUCCGCCAUGAUAAUUGAUAGCUAAUUUCUGUAUCGAAAUCAUCAUGACAGCGUUAAAAUUAUCAUAGCGGAUCAUAUAUAUCACGGCAUGGCAACAUCGGAAUCAAAUUUUAGGGUCACAGUUCAGUAGCUUCACAUUCAUGGUCAAACAAAGCAUGUUUCGGGAAUUGUGAUAUAUAGCGUGUUUCUCACUUUGUGGUCGGUAUAUUGAGCGACAGUACUAAUUUUGAUGAAAUUUCAGCCGGAACCUCUUUACGCCCAGGUUAACAUGGAAAAGAAGAGGAACCGGCAGCCAAGCUUGGGUAACGCUAGCCUGAACCAUUUGUCGGAUGGGCAAAUGCAGCCAUCUUUGACAAGCUUGCCAGCAGGGAAGGAUUCCUGGGUCUAACUUACUACAUACCCCCCUUAGUCCAUCGAUAUUCUAAUAUAAUUGGCCAAGAUUGUGCGUUUCAUAAGCACAGCUUAUACAAUAUUACACAUCAAUGCAAAAUAGCUACUCUUACUAUCGCUGCCGAGGAGAAUAUUCUAUUAACGACGUGUAUUUCUUGGACGACUACACAGCGUCAGUCAUACACGUCAGCUUCUCAAGGACAAAGAAAUUCGUCCAAAAAUUUAGCGUUGCUGUGUAGUAUUGUAUAUGCUAUGUCAUAAGAGACGUUUCUCAUGUUUCGUAUGGGUUGUUAUAUAAUUAUUCAGAAGCGUUAUUUAGUUUUUUUAAAUGUCAUAAAAAAAUCGUGGUCUAGAAAAAGUUCACAAAUUGACGUACGGUUUGACCAAUCAGAUAAUUUUAUGCUGACAUGCCAAAGUUCCAGGAAACCACAGUCAAAGUUCAACGAAUGAUUCCUUGGGUGUGAUUAUAAACAGAAUAUCUCAUAUAAUCGUAAGUUCGGUAGUGCUUAAUUUUCGAGGUCCUUUUUUGCAAAUUGAAUGAACUUCCAGCAUGUUUUGCUGAAAUUUAGCAGGGAGGGCUAGGGUAUUGCCGGAAAUUUAACUUGAACCAUUUAUUAAAAACACAAAUUUUCAUGGCCAUUUAGAUCUACGGAUUUAAAUCUGUUAGAUUUUUCCCUUUGGAGAGCUUAGGUUUAAGUGACGCGUUUCUCUUAUUUGAUUUAAUCUUUUCGGAUUUCAUCAAAUCUCAACAAAAACUCUGAAGGGUCAUUACACUUUUCAGAAAAAUCUAAUUUCUAAGAAAGUAUUUGGAAAAUGAAGCUUUAUCCAAUGACGUAGCCCUUAUCUUGAAGGUACUGUAGUUAGUCAGAAAAUGUUCAUUUUGUUUAUCCGAUAAUGUGAAACGUCUCCAAUCAAACGCGCAAUUCUUAUUAAGUAUUGGACUACUUGUUAUAUAUCAAUGUUUCUGUCGCAUAUUCAGAUAUAUAAUGCACUGAUCCGUAUUAAAUAUGUAAUAUUUAGUUUGUCGUUUUCUGUGAUGAGCUUCAAGUAAAAUUUGCCUGUACAUAUUGAUUUUUGCCAAAUUUUUUAUGCGAUGAGAGUUUUGAGUGAUUUUAUAAAAUGACCGGUAUAUUCAGAUCUCAACCUGAAUAGCUUGAAAAGACUUUAAAAUCUCACAUGCGGUUUGUUAACACGGAUACAAUACAACUUAAGCAUACAGGGAGCUUAAAUGGCAACAGUGGUGUUAUGCUACCCACCCACCACUGCGUGGUUUAGUAAGACGUCACUAGUUUGUCCGACAACUGAUAUAGCAUUCGUGAUUACAUACUGUAUAGUGAAAUUGUAAUAAACCAUUAAUUUAGAUGUUGCCAUCUUUAGAUAUUUUAACAGUUUCUUCCAGCAUUUCACAUGUUUUUCAGCUUGGUAUUUGUGUGCUGUCUUUUCAAGCAAUGCAUAUUUUUUUAUAUAAAUUGUCCUGUUUCAACAUGGGUAAAUUAUGUUGAAAAACCACUCCACAAGAAACUUGCUCCAUCAAAUAUGCUUGCAGGCAUUUUCUUAAAGAACAAGGCAUUUUAACUUUAUGUUGUAACCCAUCGGGUCUGACUAUUUUUAUUUUUUUAUUAUCGAGAUUGAAUUAGCAUAUAUUUUGAUAACAGUGUUGUGUGAAAAUUGAAGUCUUUUUUUGUGGGGUGGGUACUAUUCUUGAUUGAAAUUCUAUUUCUUGAGAAUUCUCAAUGGUUUUCUGGAGGUCUUAUACUUCGAAGCAUUUUCUGGAUACUGUAGUCAAUUUCUUAAUUUUUUAUUGAAUAUUAAUGUGAAAUGGAGUAACCUUCGCACCCAUCAGUUGCUUUUGAUUGAAUCAAUGCUAUUUGAUAUUUGAAAAUAAAUAAUAAAUAUCCUUUAAUUUUGUGUAUUUAUCUCGUAUAUUAGAUUUUGAUAACGUCUGUAGUCAAUCUUGAGAUGGAUUAGAUUCUUGAAUGUUUGCUUAGAAAUCACUACUGAAUAUGCAUGGUAUACAGAAUGAACCCGUAACAUUUAUGUGUCAGUUUUCUGACAACAGGUUUUGGUUCUUCUCUUCUAAAAAGUUACAUAACACUGAAGACUAGUUUCAAAUAAAAGUAUUUGCGGAAAGUGGGUUUUUUGUGACCAUCUUUGAAUCCAAACUGCAUCUAAAAAGAAAUCGACGGUUUUGACAAAGUAACACUAAAUUAUUGCACUACAAGUAAUGGAACAUUCCAUAAGACAUUGGUUCAAUUGAUAGCAACUAAGUUUUACGUUUAUUUCAUUCUUCAUUUGGAAGAAGUUCAGUCCCUUGUCUUCUAGACUAUAUUUUUUUAUUAACUGAUUUAUUUGAAGAAAGUACAUUGACGUAUAUUGAAGUGAAGAUGUUUUUAUUUUUAUUUUUAUAUGUUUCUAUUUUUAUAUAUAUUUUUGUUGAACAAAUGGUCUAGUUGUCAAAGGAAUAUACAGGCCUAAUGGGUAAAUGCAUUUAAUUUGUUAAGCAUUGUUAAUUUGUUGUAGAUGUAUACAGUAUAACUUAUACCUAUAGUAUGAAUAAAAUAUAAAUAAGUAAAUAUAUAUUCCGACAAGUGAUUGGCCAUCACAAUAAUUGUAUUAUUGAAAAUUGUUUUUUUAUACUUAAUUACAAUAAAUUACAGUUUGUAUAUAUUGCUCUGCUCUGUAAAUUACCAAUGUACUCUAGAAAUAAAUAUUUCUAAGAAGU